AUGUGGUCGGAUCUUCGCGCUGCUGUUCCCCAGGGAUCUGACGUUUUACACUACCUUGCAAGUUCUCUCCCGGAUGUUGCAUUGGCUAGUAGAACACCUAGUGCUUCAUCCAAGUAUUUCUCUUCUUACAAGCGAUGUAAGUCUCGGGCCCGAGAACAUGGCUUUACAGCUUUUCCUGCAUCUCCGUUUCACUUUGCCAUUUAUUUACGUCAUUUCAUGACUGAGGCGAAGACAGCAUCUCCUCUAGAGUCAGCAGGUCGUGGCAUUACCUAGCUUCACCAAUUAGGUGGCGAGCUGUCUCCUACUGAACAUCCGUUGGUGAAGAGUGUUCUUGCCGGUGCACAGCGUUUGCUGGCCCAUCACACAUCCAAGAAAGAGCCUAUCACAGUCUUUCGGUUAGAACAGUUAGUUGCCUGCAAGGCGGACUCGAUGGCCUCUUUGUAUAGUAUUCGUUCGUUUGUAAUAUGCUUGCUAACUUUUGCUGCCUUUCUCAGACUUGAUGAGCUUGCUAAGCUUGUUCGAUUCGAUGUCGAAAUCGAAAAUGAUAUUAAAGUUAUUUAA